AUGCGCCGCUCGCGCACGCGUUCGCGCGCGCACGUGUGCAAUACGCACAACCGACCCCUCGCUCCCCCUGGUCGCAAGGGCGAUGGCAACGCACGCGUGCGCCUGGACGAGCUGGCGCUGACGGAGUGGUUUGGCCACAUGGACCACCUGAUGCCGCACACGCGGGUGUCGCUGGCGGAUCUCACCUGCCUCGAUGACGGGCACUGCGCCGGGCGCGUCGAGGGGUCGAUGUCGCCCUCCCCCCUGCCGGCCCAUGUGCGCCUCAACUUCAGCUGCAACGUGGUGGUGGUCCAGAAGGGCGAGGUGCUGGAGACCUACGAGCGCGCGGUCAACGCGUUCAGCCGGCCGGUGGACCCCGACUUUGAGACGGGGACGCAGCAGGUGGAUGCGCUCAAGUUUGAGCCCUUCAUUGAUUCUUUUGUGGAGGGCCUCGGCUUGGACCGGGGCUACACCAUGAUCGUGGUCAACCCCAAGUGGUCCUCUAGUUUGGCAUCCUAUGGGUUCAGGGCCGGCUACAGUGUCGACGAGAUGAUGAUGCUGCAGGAGCAGGUCCCAGAGAUGCGCGCCCUCAGCCUCAGCCACUGGGACGGCGAGCCCUCCCCGCCGCGCGGCCACGCGAUGGGCUCCCACGGCUUCUUCGCCGGCGGCUGGAGCCACCGGUCCCAGAAGUUUUCGGUCAGCCAGCUGCAGUCUGAGAGCGCCGCCUGGGUCCGCAAUGCGCAGGCGUACCUCGCCGCCGAGGAGGACCACAAGCGGAAGCUGCUGCGCGCCAUAGGGCCUCGCACAAAGGGCGCGCUCAGCGUGGCGCGCGCGGUGGGCAUGCUGCGCAACCGCCAGUCGUCCGAGGUGGCGCAGCUGCUGGGGGCGAUGAUCACCAUGCCGCCGGAGCACUUCCACAACCCCAAGUGGCGCGCCAGCCACCCGCUGGAGGACUGCCUCACGCCCGCGUGGGUGGGCCACAGCCGCUGGCUGCUGCUGGACCUGACUGCCCAGAAGGCGGACUGGGGGCCGGCCCUGGGCGGGGAGGGCGUCGUCGUCGCGGGCUCUAUUCCCGACGUCCCCUCGAUGUUUUCGGAAGUCCAGGAGGCACGAGAGGUCGCGCGUGAGGACAAGUUUGGGGAGGACCCGCGGCAGCAGCAGCUGCGCGAGGACCUGGCAGCCAAGGCGGGCCAGGCCUCUGCUGCGGCGGCGGCGCAUCAUGAUGCGCAGCACGAGGCGCGGCGGGCCGCGGCCGAGGAGGCGAAGCUGCAGGGUGUGGUGCACGGCGUGGCACCCGGCCAGGAGGCGCAGCUGGGGGAGGGCACCGAGGAGCAGCAGGAGGCAAAGCGGCAGGAGGCGCUGCUCCACGCUGAGCUGGACAUGUACGAGGCGUUUGCGCUGCAGCACUGCCACAACCGCCGAGACCCGCCCGCCGCGUGCGCCGAGGCGCGGGAGCAGUCGCUGGAGAUCCGCCACGAGCUGCAGCAGCUCUCGACACAGUCGACGACCAAGAUGCGGGCGUUCAGGGAGCACCACUGGGAGAUCUUUGGCUUUGACGAUGACGAGGACGGGAUCAAGGAGAUCGCCGACGCCAGCAGCCGCGCCAAGGAGCACUUCCUGGGGCAGCUGUCAGACAUCCUGUCCCACGGCCUGCGCCAUGUGGUGGCGCCCCCCAGUGCUACCUGGCACCACAGCGGGUACCUUCACGACAGCGCGUCGCCCUACGCCCACAAGGUGCACUUCAACGUGCACACUGUUUUCGACAACAGCCGCAAGCUGGGGGACUGGAGGGCGCGCGGCGUGAGCUUUGACAUUGAGCAGUACAAGGCGCAGGUGGGAUCCCCCAUGUAA